AUGAAGACGGACUGCAAAGAGCAACUUGAGCACAUGGUCAUGCUCGGCCAUCAGGAGCACUGGCUCAUCGAGGCCAGCCAGCUUAGCUUCAACCCGAAGAAUCUCAUUGGACGUGGCAACUACGGAGUGAUUCUUUCAGGUGACCUGUUGGGGAUGCCAGUUGCAGUCAAGCUGCCUCUGGCCAAUGCCUCCUUGUCGCUGCCGGAUUUGGCCAAUGAGCUUCGAUUUCUCCGACGAGUGCGACAUCCUCAUAUUGUGUCAUUUCAAGGUGCUUGCAUCCUACCGCAGGCAGAAAUUUUGUUCCUGGUGGAGGAGCUCGUGAACGGGACCAGCUUGCAGGCACUGCUGCCGGGGUCCUUGGAGCUAAACGCUUCAGAGAAGCAUGGAGUCUUGCUGGGAGUUCUACGUGCACUGCGGUAUCUGCACGGCCUUGUGCCCUCCGUGGCUCAUGGCGACCUCAAGCCCAGCAACGUCCUGGUCCUGGACCGCGACCGCUCUCCCAAGCUCAUCGACUUUGGCUUGUCACGGAUUCGUCAUAGCCAUUCGCGCCAGCUAGGAGGAACUCCGCGGUACAUGGCACCGGAGGUGCUGACCAAGACUGUGCAAAUGGCAAAGGCUGACAAGGCGGACAUGUUUUCUUUCGGAAGGGUGAUCUUCUUCGUGCUUGCAGCUGCAAACCCCUUGCAAGGGCUCAGCGUGCAGGAUGUGGUAUCUCAAGCUGAGAACAACCAGGAGUAUUGGAUGCGAUCCUGGGUGCUUGAAGACCCAAAAGACGAGGAUGGGGCAAACAUGCGAGACAUCAUCAGUCGAGAUCGCAUCGAGGUGCUCGCCAGCUGUUUGAUCGGCGCGCAGGGAAGCCCCCUGUGGCGCCGCUCUCCUCGAACUACGUCGACAGCCAUUGGGCAAUCAGCUGGUUUGAAAUUCAACUUGCUGGCCAAGCUGCAAACCGUAGAGUUGGUGACGGGUCCAAUCUAUGCUAUGCCUAUGUGCCCUAUUUCGGUCCUCAGCGGUCAUUGCUUCACCAUUGCACAAUGGCCCAAGUGCGACGGCGUGGGAGAUGCAGUGCAGGAUGCACUCAUGUGCAUAUCCUCGGGUGGCGCAUCGUUGGGAGCCUUCCAGUUUGAGGUCUCUCAGUUUUGCGCCCCACGCUUCGGUCAAUUCUGCAUAGAUCUUCAUGAACUGCAUGGAGGCAAGGUGGAACUCGUUGCUUCUGCACUGAAGGAGAUGAAGCUGGUCACGACAGCCCUCUUCAGUGUCGCGAUGCUAAACCGGCAGCUGACCCCUCCACAGUGGUGGGGCAUUUUUCUUUGCGCGCUGGGGGUGGCUGCUGUCCAGCUAUCAACAGCCGAGGACAGUCAGAAGCAGUCCAGCCAGCAGCAGGCCUGGGUCGGCUUCCUGGCCGUCUCCGUGGCUUGCAUAACCAGCGGCUUGGCCGCCGUUUACACCGAGAAAGUCUUCAAGAGUGGAAACUCCAGCCUGUGGGUGCGCAAUAUGCACCUGGCUUGCUGGUCCUUGAUCGCAGUCGCCUGGGGCCUUUUGGUCAAGGACGGCUCAAAGAUUCGCGAGAAGGGCUUUUUCCUGGGUUGGAACUUCCUCGUGUGCAUAGUCGUUGGCCUACAAGCUCUGGGCGGCAUGGCCGUAGCUGUGGUGGCGAAGUAUGCUGACAAUAUCUCGAAGGGAUUCGCAACAGCAAUCUCGAUCAUAUUGACCUGCGUGGCAUCUGUGUAUUUGUUCGAGCUUCAGCCGUCCGUGACAUUCAUGGCUGGCACGAUGCUGGUGCUCCUGUCUUUGUUUCUGUACACCAGACCUGCCAAGAGCAGCCAGACGAUCAAGUACCUGGAAGUGCCGCAAAAGGACCUUGAGGACGAGUACGACUAUGACUUAUCUGCCAAAGCCGAGCAGAAUGGGACUUUCAGAAUAGGAAAGCCAGAAAGCAGAUGA